GAGAACGGGGCGGGGGGGGAGGGGAAGAGGGAGGGAGAGAUUAAAAGGGAAGGUGAUGGGGAGCAGCCGUCCGCACUCGCUGCGCUGCACUAGUUGCAAGGCUUGGCGGACCGGACCUGGACUCUAUAUAAGGAGCCCAUCUGCUCCGUAGCUCACACGCUCCUCCCGGGCUGGCGCAUGCCGCGUUCCUCCAGCUUCCCCAGACACCUGCCCCUUCCCCGUGUGCCGCGCCAGGUCCUCCAGACCCGCGCACCCAGUGGCAUGGCUCCGAGUGGUUCCCGUGGGACCAGGGUGGCGGUGGCGGCGGCGCAGCCCGAACUGCCGCAACUCCAGCCCCCGAGUCCCCCCUUUUAUGGCCCGGUCUCCGCGGGGCAGCUCGUCCGAGUGGCCAGAGCGUGAAAAGAGAGGGAGGGCAGAGCUCUGGCGCGAGGCGCCGCGCAGCUCUGCUACUGGACUUCACCCCACCCAGUUCUGGCGGCAGCUGCAGCCUCAAAAAAAGUACCCCAGCUUGGGGCGAGGGGCGGGAAUGCAAGAUCGGGACCUCUCGCUGGCCUGCAAGCUUUGGUCUCCACACCUAGGAAACUCCUGCGGGCAAAGUCUGCAGAUCCAAGAGCGUCCAGGUUAGGACAUGCUCAGCCUCAAGCAACUGGGGUAAGAGAUCCCAUUUGGCCGAAGCCUUCUCCUCAAGCAGUACUUCACCCUCCUGCACUAGACGCCUCCAGGGAGCUGGAGCGGAGCAGGGCUCGGUGGGCCAGUUGUUAGCAACCCAGGGCUGAGAUCGGCGUGGAGAGGAGCAAUCACAGACGCGGCUGCUUCGCCAGGCGCUCUAGAAGUGCAGGGUACGCGCCCGCCUGCCUCGGCUGCCGCACCCAUGACCUCCAGUUUCAGCUGUGAACCUGGGCGGAGGAAUAAUUGAGGAACUCACGGAACUAACUGUCAACUAGGGACAAACCUGUGAUUGCCACGGUCCUUCCGCCCUCUCUUUCGUCCGCUCCAUGCCUAAGAGCUGCGCUCCGGGGCUGGGGCGAGGAAAGCCAUGGAAGAACACGGUGCUCAGUGCGCUCCACCGCCGCCCGCGGGCUCCGAGAACCUGGUUCCUGAAGCCAACCUAUCCUCUGCUCCCUCCCACAACUGCAGCGCCGCCGAGGGCUACAUUUACCAGGACUCCAUAGCCCUACCCUGGAAAGUACUGCUGGUUAUGCUACUGGCGCUCAUCACCUUGGCCACCACGCUCUCCAACGCCUUUGUGAUUGCAACAGUGUACCGGACCCGGAAGCUGCACACCCCGGCUAACUAUCUGAUCGCCUCCCUGGCGGUCACCGACCUGCUCGUGUCCAUCCUGGUGAUGCCCAUCAGCACCAUGUACACUGUCACCGGCCGCUGGACACUGGGCCAGGUGGUCUGUGACUUCUGGCUGUCGUCGGACAUCACUUGUUGCACUGCCUCCAUCCUGCAUCUCUGUGUCAUCGCCCUGGACCGCUACUGGGCCAUCACGGACGCCGUGGAGUACUCAGCUAAAAGGACUCCCAAGAGGGCGGCGGUCAUGAUCGCGCUGGUAUGGGUCUUCUCCAUCUCCAUCUCGCUGCCGCCCUUCUUCUGGCGUCAGGCCAAGGCCGAAGAGGAGGUGUCGGACUGCGUGGUGAACACCGACCACAUCCUCUACACGGUCUACUCCACGGUGGGUGCUUUCUACUUCCCCACCCUGCUCCUCAUCGCCCUCUACGGCCGCAUCUACGUGGAAGCCCGCUCCCGGAUUUUGAAACAGACGCCCAACAGGACCGGCAAGCGCUUGACCCGAGCCCAGCUGAUAACCGACUCCCCCGGGUCCACGUCCUCGGUCACCUCUAUUAACUCGCGGGUUCCCGACGUGCCUAGCGAAUCUGGGUCUCCUGUGUACGUGAACCAAGUUAAAGUGCGAGUCUCCGACGCCCUGCUGGAAAAGAAGAAACUCAUGGCCGCUAGGGAGCGCAAAGCCACCAAGACCUUGGGGAUCAUUUUGGGAGCCUUCAUUGUGUGUUGGCUGCCCUUCUUCAUCAUCUCGCUGGCGAUGCCUAUCUGCAAAGAUGCCUGCUGGUUCCACCUAGCCAUCUUUGACUUCUUCACUUGGCUGGGCUAUCUCAACUCCCUCAUUAACCCCAUCAUCUAUACCAUGUCCAAUGAGGACUUUAAACAAGCGUUCCAUAAACUGAUACGUUUUAAGUGCACAAGUUGACUUGCCAAUUGCAGUGGGGUCGCGUAAGCGACCUUUGGGGACCAAGUUGUGUCUGGUUCCACAGGUAGGUCGAAUCUUCUUUCGCGGUUACUGGGUCACAGCGAGGCUCUCUCUCCUGGGCAAGGGCAAUGGAUCCUGAGAAGCCAGGAUAGUCCUGAGAGAGAGCUCUGAAAGGAGAAAUGUUCAAACUAAAUGUAGAGCUUCCUGCCCAGGAGGAGGCUCCCUUCCUCCCCUCAAGCCCCGGGCUCAGCACUGACCCUGCGGCAGCCAAUCCCAAAGGGGGUUGCAACUUUUAGAAAUUGAUGAUGGAGAGGGGAUCCCUGCCCUGCUUUGGUAUCAUGGAUAAUGCCCACUAGAACCAGUGUACUUGUAAUUGUCUGAAGCCUGUCUGAGACAGAUCCACAUACAGCCUGGCAGUACUUGAACUAGACGCUUAAUGCCCUAUGUUUUUGGGGAGAACUUUGUGUUACAGCUUAAUUUAAGAACAGUUACUUUGGCAUCAUUCAGUCUUCAGUUUUUGUCUAUUUAAACUUGGUUGGAGAAACUUGUGGAUUUGGUGCUUCAAACCCUAUGUGUAGCUGGAUGGCGGAGAGAAACCUUGAAGAGUUAACAGCAAAAUUCUGAUGCUGAGAUUUAUAUUUUUAUUAUACUUGAAACUAUAUGGGGGUGGGUGGGUGGGAAUGGGAGAUGAGGCGUGUUAAACUGAGAACCAACAUCUAUGAUUGUUUUCUGCAGAUUUGUAAUUUUGUAAUUCCUGUUUAGCGAUUGUCAAACCACAACUCUAACAAACAAACCAUUAUGUGUGCUAGUGCCAAAGUCUGCAGUUUUAUUUUUUCUCUUAUUUUCACGUACUUGUCACUUUACACACUUAAAUCCCCAUAAAUGAAGGGUAUGAUGGGUGACUCAGCCCACACUGCUGCUAUAUUUCUUACUAGUGCAAUUGGUGAAACAGAUUAGUAUUGGAAAUAUACUGUUCUUUAACAAGAGAAGUGUCUUUAUUUCUAAUCCAAUUUAGUGAGAUGUGAAGGAGACUGAUGACAUGGUGAUAGUUCUUACACAAUUGAGGUGGGGGCAACAGGAGGAUGUAUAUUUUGACUUGUAAAAAAAUCUUAAAAUGCAUGAGACUUUUAUCUGAUAGUCAUUUGCACUCUCCUUCCCAUCUGUGAUUUCUUGUGUGCUAACAUGUAAAGUGACCAAGAGAACUAUCUCCCUUCUCCAGAAACCUUUAAAAAACAGUAAGGGUUCUAAAAACUAUAUUGAAAAGAAAAUAAACUUAUUUCUUUUUUGUUGUUGUUAUCAAAGUUUGGGCAGCGAAAAGAUUAAUAGAAAAUGACAUGCAAGAACUUUAGAAAAUCUUGGAGGAGCUAAAAUUGAGCCUGUUUCUGUUUAGUGUAGUGAGGUUUUUUUUUGUUUUUGUUUGUCACAGAACCAAACCUCAGACUUAGUAAACAGGAAACUGGCCAGCUUUUGACCCUUGUAAAUUUGAUACCAACCCGACAUCUCAAUGAAUAUUAUAUCUGGAAUACUUUAAAUCUAUCUGGUCUUUUCAAAUUUCAAGAAUACUCAGUUAUUUCAAAUUUCCUCUGAGAGCUCCCUAAUGCAGGAUAAAGUCACACAAUAAAAUAUAAAAAAAUGUAUUAUUUUAAUAAGAAGUAUCCCUGAGGGAUUAUCUGCAUGAAAAAAAAAUGUAUAUGCACAGCAUUCAACAUGCCAAAGAAAACUCACACUCCUUUCCUCAGAGGGCAUUCUGCAAUUGAUACCUUUUGUCUGCAGAAGCAAGUUGUCUUUGUGAAAUGAAUUCACUCCUUGCUUGAAGCUCCCCAGCCUGGUUUGUCAGACAAUAAACAUAUUGAGCUGAAGUACACUGCUUGCCUACUGUACAGACCUUCACCUUGGGUAAUCACUCGUGAAAAUAUACUAUUCAAAGAUUCACACAUAAGCCAACUAAAAAGGGGAGUUUUGAUCAAUAUUUAUACCUGUCACUGGAGUGAGAAAAUUUUAGGCCUUAGUUAUGCCUACACUUCUGCUGAAACCCCAAGUUUCUCUGUUUGCUUUUCGUGACAUUUCUCCUAUGGAGGAAUGUGCAUAUUGCAUGGUAUUUGUUUUUAUGUUAUUAAUACUGUGGUCUUCUGUUUAUACAGCUGUGUUUUCUUUAGUCCUAAGAGGCAAUUAAGUCAUCUUCUAAGAGCCUUAUGGGGAAACAUUAAUUGAAACAAAUAGCCACUUACAAAUUAUUUCUUUACAGGGUACCUGCAAUGAUGGUGUCCUCACAUUAACAAAACACAAUCAGUUUAGUCAAAUGGGUUGUUUGCCAUUUUGUAGAUUACCCAUCUAAAUUAUUGCUUGACUAUUUGGCUGUAUUGCCUGGAUUUGGGGCAUAUUGUAUGAAAUAGAAGCUUGCAAGCCCUUAUAGUUAUAAGAGAUAUAGAAUCAUCAUUCAGCAUUGCACAUGAUUAUGCAAAGUGUAUUAUUCAUCCCAGGGGUAUGUAGUUAAGACUGUUAAACUCCUUUUCAGUUACUGCUGCCUAUAGCAUAGUUUAUUUCAUAAACUAGACACAUGGCUUUUUUGCAGAACAUAAAGCGGGAUAUGGAAAUGUUUAACUUACAUAUCAAUGAAAACAUAUUUUCAUUGGCUGUGGUAACAAACAUUUUCCAUAUUGUUUAACUGCACAAAUUUUCACAGAAAUAUAUGAAUGUAUACUCAUUCAAUAAUACCAAUAUUGUCUUGUGUUUCUAGGAAUUUUAGAGUUUCCUUUUAAAAAUGGACACUACACCCAUGAAUGAAUGUUUAUUGAGUUCAACAAAUUUUCUACAGAACAAUAUUCUUAACUUUUCCUCUCUGUUAUCUUAGUUUUGUCUUCUUUAACCAGGAAACCCUGAGAAGAUUAUAAUUCACUGAAGCAGUAAAAUAUCAGAUUAUGUGUAUUUGAUGGAGUUGCUGUGACUGAAAAAUGCCUUUGGUAUUCCACCUUUCAGGAAAUGUAUCAUUGGAAAUGAAAUUUAGGAAAAUAAAUAAAAGCCCUUUUGUGUUCUAAAA